AUGAUGAGACAUUUUCUUUUUCUUCUUCUUCUCUUCUCUUCCCUUCUCCCAUCAAUCCUCACCGUUGAUUCCCCACUCCCAGCACCCGACUCCGACGGCUCUGAUUUCAUCCGCACGAGCUGCAACGCCACACUCUACCCCGACCUCUGCUUCUCCUCUCUAUCUUCUUUUGCCAACUCCAUCCACAAUGACUCCAACCGCCUCGCACGGUUAGCUAUCUCCUUCACUCUCUCCAACACGCACCACCUUCUCUCCUACCUCCAAAACGCUUACGGCAACUACGGUGGUGGACCUCACAACUCAACAGCGGCAGUCCUCAAGGACUGUUUCGAGAGUCUUAAGGAUGCGGUCAACGAGAUGAGAGAUUCGAUGAAACAGAUGAAGGAUGUUGACUCCACGGGCUCGGUCCAGUCGUUUAGGUUCCAAAUGAGUAACGUCAAGACUUGGCUCAGCGCAGCUUUAACUUACGAGUAUACUUGUACGGACGGGUUCGACGACUUCCACGAAGAUAACUCCAUCAAAGUUGACGUAUGCUCACGAGUCGAUGACGUUAAGAAGCUGACCAGCAAUGCGCUUGCUUUAGUUAACCACUACGCCGAUAAAGCAAUACCUUAG